AUGGAGCGUUCUCUUGAUAUUGAAAGCUCGCCAAAACUGGUAGAGUCUUCCACUCCUUCGGAGGGCUCUGACCGUGGUGUCGUGUUAGAUAAAAAAUUUGGCUUUAUGACACAGCUCAUUGAUAGUUUUCGACCCAUGGAUGUAUCUGAAAUUAAUACGUCGGAGAUGACAUUGGCUGAAAGGUCAGCUGCUAUUACAGCCAAGAGUCCUCUUAAACGUGGUCUUAAAAGCCGUCAUUUGCAAAUGAUUGCCAUCGGUGGAACUAUUGGAACUGGUUUAUUUGUAGGAAGCGGUGGUUCUUUGAGUCAAGGUGGACCAGCAUCACUGGUAAUUGGAUAUAUAUUGACAGGAAUGAUGCUGUUUUGUACUUUGCAUGCUGUCGGGGAGUUGGCUGUGCGUUUCCCAGUGGCAGGUGGUUUCAACACAUAUGCUACACGGUUCCUGGAUCCAGCAUGGGGAUUUGCAAUGGGCUGGAUCUAUGCGCUACAAUGGCUCAUUCUUUUACCCCUGGAACUUGUAGCUGCUAGUCUGACCAUUCAGUAUUGGCGAACUGGCGGUGGUGCUGCCGCUUCUGUUAAUCCCGAUGCUUGGGUGGCUGUGUUCUUUGCAUUAAUCAUAUUUAUUAAUGUCUUCUCCGUGAGGGCUUACGGAGAGACUGAGUUUAUCUUCUCUACUAUCAAAGUAGUGGCUGUAGUAGGCUUCAUAAUUCUGGGCAUAGUACUUGUAGCAGGUGGCAGUCCCAACCACAUUGGAUAUAUUGGUGCCAAGUACUGGAUUAACCCUGGACCAUUUGCUAAUGGAUUCAAAGGUGUUGUCAGCGUCUUUGUGAAUGCCGCUUUUGCAUAUUCUGGGUCAGAGUUAGUUGGCUUGGCUGCUGCUGAAACUCAAAAUCCCCAUAAAGCUCUCCCCUCUGCUUGCAAGCAAGUAUUCUGGAGAAUCACUUUGUUCUACGUUGUAGCACUUACUCUCGUCGGGUUUUUGGUUCCCUACACUGAUCCCAGACUCCUUGGAACCUCUAGUGUCGACGCUAAUGCUUCUCCCUUUGUUAUUGCAAUUAUUAACUCUGGUAUCAAGUCUCUUCCUAGUGUGGUAAAUGCCGUUAUUCUUAUCAGUGCAGUUUCAGUGGGAAGCAGUUCCGUGUACGCAUGUUCCAGAUGUUGUCAGGCACUUGCUUCUCAAGGAUUUUUGCCAAAGAUUUUUGGAUAUAUUGACCGAGAGGGACGACCAAUGGUUGCCAUUGUUUUUACACUUGUCUUCGGUCUCCUUUCAUUCUUGGCUGGUUCCUCGGCUGAGGCUACUGUUUUUGACUGGCUUCUUUCAUUUUCUGGAAUGGCAAGUUUAUUUACUUGGGGCUCAAUCUGCCUUUGUCAUAUUAGAUUUCGAAAGGCUAUGGCUGUUCAAGGCAUUUCUCUGGACGAGCUGACGUUUAAAUCUGCUGUUGGAGUUUGGGGAUCAUGGUUUGGGUAA